AUGCACCGACCGAAUAAACGACCUCGUCUUUCAGAACCAGACGGAUUUGCUCAGACGUCAAAACCUCCCCCUCCAAAGAUCUCUGCACCAAAGUUUGCGAAUGCAUUCGAUGCACCAAAGACCACGAAACCAGUUUCGAGAGGUGGGGACGUCAAGUUGGCAGAGUCCGUGUUUUGGAAAGGGGGUGCGGACGGGAAGGAGAAAGAUAAAGGAAAGGAGGAUGCAGGGGCGAAAGAUAGGAAGGAUAAAGGCAAGGAGAAGGAGGUUGCUGUUAGGCCUCCCCCAAAGCUUCAACCGGUGCGGAGCGUCAAGGAAAAGGGCCGGGAGACUUUAUUGGGAUACCAGCUUCCCCCACCCUUACCUGACGUUGCCAAACCCUCGUCGUCGAACUCCAAGACAUUGAAACCACUUGGUGUUCCGCAAUUACAUGUUCAACCACGACAUCCACCAGUUCAACAACCGAAAGUGCCGAUUUCAGCGAGGAUGGAGGCACCUCCUUUACCCCUGCCUGGGUUGAACCCCAAUACGACGACCGCGGCGAAGGAGAGCAAGAUAAUUGUCGACCCAUCGGUGCUAUUCGCUGUCGAGAAUUUGGUAAAGCCGGAUGACGAGGGAGAGGCCAACGUAGAUGAGCGACGGAGAGCGGCGGGCGCGACGGACUACUUUCAGCGCUCAAAGACAUCGCUUGUGCUCUGGAGGCGCCAGGCUCAACAACGGACUGGCGGAGCUACAUCUACGACGACAACUUCGAUAGCCACGAAAAAAGCCGAUCUGAGAGUGAAGGUAGUGAGGAUUGUCCAAGCUCCUGCGUCGUCAGCAUCUGCUUCUACGUCGAAAGACAAGUCAAUGGCAAAGGGUUCAAGGUCCUCGGCGGCGGGUAGGAGUGCACCUCAGAGAUCGUUCGUUUUACCCGCUGUCGCGGUUUGCGAAGUCCUCCAAACAGGGGCUUUUCGGACGUUUGUGUUCCCGACUGCUCUGGGAUCGGGGGGAGAUCCCGCAGUAAUGAAGUUUAGAGAGGGUGCUUUGGUGGAUGUUUGGAAACCUUUUUAUGAUACUUCCUCUCCUACUGCCACGACUUUGCGUUUGGGGAACAGGAGGAGAAAUAGCAGUAGCAGUUCAUCAAGAGGUGGAGAAGGCCUGGGCGGGCUGAAGUUGAGACCCUUUCCAUUACCUUCUUUGUCCCCUAUGCCUGGAGAUGCUAGUGAUGGUAUCAAGGUUCCCUAUUCUAUCCUCUAUAUAGAAUCCAUCUGCCAGGAAAAGUGUACCCUUCGUCAAGGUUCCUUGUUAUGGUCAAGGGACGCGAACUCAAGUGAGCAUGCACGUCAACCGUUGAUGCGUGGUCAGGGGAUGGGAGGCUCUAAAACCACACACACACCAACCAAACCGGCAGGUGAAAGUAAAGAAGUAAAAGUAAUGAAAAGGCUGAUCCUCUACACCCAACCAAAGGCUACGUCUAAGGUCAAAUGA